AUGUGUGCAGAGGAAGAUGCAGUAAUGGAGCUCUUGAAGUUCAUGUAUAGCAAUUCACUAACAGUGACGACGACCCCUGCUUUGCUCGAUGUUCUAAUGGCCGCAGACAAGUUUGAGGUAGCUUCGUGUAUGAAGCAUUGUAACCAUUUGUUGCUGAAUAUGCCAAUGACAUUAGACUCUGCAUUGCUUCUUCUUGAUCUUCCUUCUACUCUGCUAAUGGCUGAUUCCGUAAAGCCUCUGACAAAUGCCGCAAAGCAAUUCAUCGCCUUGCGCUACAAGGAUAUAACAAAGUUUCCAAUGAGUGAGGUGAUGGCUUUACCGUUACUAGGUUUCAAGGCAAUACUAGCGAGCAACGAUCUAAUGGUUCCGUCUGAAAACAUUGUAUACGAAGCUGUCUUGAAAUGGUUAAGAUCACAUUACUCAGAUGUAAAAGAACGCAGCGAGAUCAUGGAUACACAUCUCGCUCGCUUCAUCCGUUUCCCUCACAUGUCACCCCUCAGGCUCAAGAAAAUCUUGACCUCAGACGACUUCAAACCUAAGGUCGUAUCGAAACUAGUCGUUGAAGCUCUUCUCCACAAGAUAGAACCGCCGCACCAUCGAGACAGUUCAGCCACUGAACAACCCACCCCCCUAAAGGACCGGUUUAUUAAACGAGACUACACAUUAAGACCCAUCAAGAUUGUGGAAUUCGAGGUUCCUCGCCAACAAUGCAUCGUUUACAUGGACUUGCAACGCAAAGAAUGUGCAGCCAUGUAUCCGUCAGGGCGGGUAUUUUCUCAACGGAUUGACUUAGGAGGACAAGUGGUAAUUGCAACCUGGACCAGAUGA